AUGGAAACUCUAUUAAAAAAACAAAAUUCCUUCGACUAUCUAAACACAAAGUCUUUUAUAGAAACUCAAGUAUCUCUUCUUUCUAAAGAAUUUGAACCUUCCUCUCGUUGGUUUUCCACAAAAACAAGUAUUACUGAGGAAAAAAUACCAUUCAACGUUAUUAACGAAGUUGUUCUCACUGUGAAUACUUGUAUUCGUAAACAGUGUUCGGAAACUUUUAAUCAACAAGCAAUUAGUCAUUUACUUGAACAAAUAUUUUUACUUCAAGAAGAACGAGAACGUGAAGAAAUAGCUUCUCAAAUGAAAAUAGAUAUUACCGAAACAACUUCUUUCAAAUGGAUCUUAUCUUUACCCGAAGAAUGGCCAGCACAAAAUGAUCAUUCUCUGGAAAUAAUUGAACGAUAUUCAGAACAUCGUCUCAAUGUAUCUAAUCUUCUUAAUAAAAUCAUGGAAACAAAACAAAAAUAUGAAUAUUUGAAGCAUCUACGAGAACAAUUAAGUCCAUUACACAAUACACAUGCUAUUCAACAAAAUCUGGUUGAUCGAAAAGGAUCGUUGGCUAUUGAACUAAAUAAGAUGCGUGUGCUAAUGCCUAAAUUAUUGAUGACGAUAGAGAAAAAUAAAAAAUCUCUUGUAAGAAAACGUUCUGAAACUACUUUUCCGCUAUUGGAAAGUGAAGGUUUAAAUCCGAUAAUGAGCAAAUUAAAUCCGGUUUCCGAUCUCUAA